AGAUUAUCUGGGCGUACAUUUUGCCUCAUUUCUGUUAGAAAUAGUUGAAGGCAAUAAUCCUGAAGUAUUAGUCGAUAUGGUUAUAGCAUUAAUUUUAGCAUUUAAUUUACAAUUUACGGAUUUCUCACAAAAUGUAGUGGUGGAAGCCAUGCAGAAUUUACCCUCUGCCAAAGUAUUUACCGAAAAGAUUUUACUAUUACUAAAUCGGGAAGAAGAUCCUAUAAAAGUUCUUAAGCACUCAACGGAUACCAUGAAUUCGGUAUUGAAAAUGUUUAUCGAUAUCUUUAGUAUACCCGAAACUGCUGGAAUGUUUUAUACGAACGAUAAUAAAGUAUUAAUCGAUAUUAUAGUCAGACAAUUAACUGAUCUAUGUGCUGGUAAUCCGUUGAGACGCUGUUAUUUGGAAUUAUGUCGUCGUAUUUUACGCAACACCAACUAUCAGGAACAUCAGCAUCGUAAGCAAGAUUUUAUGAAAAUCUUUACGCGUAUAUUUUGUGAGGAAACUGAAUGUAGUGCCUCUGAUCAGCAAUUAGUAAGAGAUAUUGCCAAUGAAUUUCCCCAAAUAUUUAAAGCUUAAAUUGGGGAAAUUUCUUAAGAAAUACAAACAAACAAACUCUAGUCUAAUAUUACGCAAUUUUUAUGGAAUUUUUUUUUCUGAGUUUAUAUCGAUAUUAAUUUAAAAAUUUCCUUCUUUUCAUAUUAUGUGAUAGCAUUUAAUUUCUUGCCUUCUUUUUAUUAUAUAUUUUUUAAUUUCAACAUUUCAAAUUAAGUUCGUUUGCUAGUCCUAUAAUAUGAUCUUUUAUUCAGCAUUUUUUAUUUCCUAGUUAUAAGGAAAUCAAUAUAAACCAAAGCAAAACCUUCUUGUUAUUAGCAUUUAAGUGGAAUCGUUUUGAAGCGUUUCUUUUGUUAAGAAAAUCUAAUUUUAAUUUUCAUCAAUAACUGUGUAUCAUGUAGAAAAAUACAAUAUACAAUAUAGUUGUCAUUUCAUUUAUUCUCGUUUAUUGUAUACAAACAGUAAUAAUAGUUAUAUAUAGCAAUCAUUUUAAAUGAUUCCCAUAUGAAUUCAUCUAUAUCAUUGAAAAAUAAAACACACAUAAGUGCAUAUAAAA